AUGCCAGAAGCAGCAUAUCGCUCUCUGUGGAGCGUGGCAUUACGUCAAACCCCGUUCAGCAAAUUUACAACAUGCAAGCAAUGUCAAAUAAGUUUUCCUGGGACUUUACAGAUGCGCGCAUCUUCGUCCAACUCGCGGUGGAAGAUGAGGCAGGGUAAAGACUUUUUUGCCCGCGAGGCCAAGGUGCAGGGACUUAAGAGUCGGGCCGCAUUCAAACUCCUCGAGAUGGAUGCCAAGUACAAGUUCUUCCGCAAGGGACAGACGGUAGUAGAUCUGGUUGCUGUCGAACGCACAAAGCCCAACGGCCAGAUUCUGGGAAUCGACAUCAUACCCGCGCAGCCGCCCAAGGGCGUCUCAACGAUUCAAGGCAACUUUCUUUCGCCCGAUGUCCAGGGUAUGGUGAAAGAAUAUCUCGAGCGGAACAGGCACCGCAAGAAGAUCUCGCCGCCAGCAGAAGAGGACGAAGAAGAAGAGAACGAUGACGAAGACUCGUCUGAGGAUAGCGAGGCCGCAGUCAUUGAGGAGAAGCCGAGCUACAUCGACAUGGAGAGAGCAGCGUCAGGAACUUCCAGCACCGCCAAGGAUGGAGCGGAGGCCAAGAAGGGUCGAUUGGUGGAUAUUGUGUUGAGUGACAUGUCAGCACCUUGGGACCAGACCAGUGGAUUCGGCGUGAACAGUCUUAGUAAUCCAUAUCAUAGGAUGAUGAACACGAGCGGCAUGGCCUUCCGAGAUCACGCCGGAAGCAUGGACCUCUGCGUAGCGGCACUGCAGUUCGCCAAUGACACGCUCAAGAACGGCGGGCAUUUCGUCUGCAAGUUUUACCAAGGUUCCGAGGACAGAGAAUUUGAAAAGAAGUUGAAAACCUUGUUUGCCAAGGUCUUUCGAGAGAAGCCAGAGUCAUCUCGCAGCGAUUCUAAAGAGGCGUACUUUGUCGCACUCAGAAGGAAGGGCAACGUAAGCUUGGAGAGUGACGGUUUGUAA